AUGACCAUCAGAGAACAGCUUUGGGACAAGAAGUGGAAGGGACCAAAGGGGAUGAAACUUCAACUUGCCACUAAGGAGCAAAAGAUGGCAAAGCUAGCAAGCUGUAUCUUUCAUGCUGAGAUGGAUUUUACUCCUGCAAUGGCCAAGGAUUGUGAGGCCAAUGAUACUGCUGCCAGACUUGCCAAUGUCAAGAGGAAAGUAGCCAAGAUGGAAUAUGUCUCAACCUCUGAGGUUGAGGGUGGUGGCAUCAAUGAUAAAUAUGGCAAUGUGGACAAUGCCAUCUGUGUUUUGGGGCACAAGAAUGUCAUGACCGAGUAG